UCAGGCAGAGGUAGCGAGAGCGAGCCGGAACAACCAGAGAGGGGGAGAGCGAGCCGCCGAUGAGGCUUCUGGAGUUGGUCCCCUGCGCUUGUACGGCCUUGGGACCCGAGGAGAAGCCACCGGCGGGCCGGCGGGAGUUGGAGACGGCCCCGCUCUCCCCCGCUCCCAGCAAGCGCCGCCGGCGGGCCGGCUACGGUGGGUCCGCGAGUUGGAGGCCGUCGCUUGGGACGAUCGCGGAGGUCAGCGCGGCGGCUGCGGCGGCGGCGGGCGAAAAGGAGGUUCGGCCGGUCGGCCGGCUGGGGAAGGCGAUGGCCGGUCAGACCGGAUCAGCCAGUCGGGUUCUCCCUCGGUGGCACGGAGACGACUACCGGCAAAUUGGAGUCACUGCAACUAUGCCAACAUUUGCUCCCACAGCCUUUCUAUUCUAAUGACUAUGUACAAAUUAUUAUUUAAAGAGAUAGAUAUGAAAUUAUGAUGAAGGAUGUGAAGAUGACGACGAAAAAACAUCAAACUAUUGUAAUAAUUUUAUAUUCAUAUGAACUUUUAUUAUAUAUGCUUUGACUUUUGUUAUGUUCA